CCCCGGACUCAACUCCUCAAAGUGCCGGCUGCCGCCUCGCCGCGUCCCCGCCUCCUCGCUCCUUUUGACGCGGAGCACCGUGUUGCUCCGCGGAGCCGCCGAAGCGCGUUUUUCUCAAAGGCGGAUAACUUCAAACCCAAAGUCGUGCGCAGGAUCUGCAACCUGCCAUCACCCCUUCCAGCGAGCGUGCGUGCGAGCGUGCGUGUUGGGUCACAGCGGCACCUCUGUCACUUUGUGGUACCGGAGCCCCCUCAGCGUCCACAAAAGCCCGCCGCCCCCGCUGCACCCCCCUACCCACGCCCCCCCCGAGGACCACAGGCUGCAGGAUUAGGGUGAAGAAUGGGCUCGUCUGUUGCCCUGGCGGCCUUGCUGCUUGUUCUGGGCUUAACCCCUCAUGUCGGGAGCCUGAACCCGGACGACCCAAAUGUUUGCAGCCACUGGGAGAGCUACGCUGUGACUGUUCAGGAAUCCUACGCUCACCCAUUCGACCAGAUCUACUACACCAGAUGCACAGACAUCCUCAACUGGUUCAAAUGCACACGACACAGGAUCAGCUAUAAGACGGCUUAUCGGCGGGGAGUGAGGACCAUGUACAGGCGCCGUUCGCAGUGUUGCCCCGGUUACUUUGAGAGCGGAGACUUGUGUGUUCCUCUUUGUACAGAGGAGUGCGUCCAUGGUCGCUGUGUGUCUCCUGAUACCUGCCUGUGUGAGCCCGGAUGGGGCGGACUGGACUGCUCUAGUGCAAACACAGCCAAUGGAACAGGCUGUGAGAGCGACUACUGGGGACCCCAUUGCAGUAAUCGGUGUCAGUGCCAGAACGGGGCUAAGUGUAACCCCAUCACAGGUGCGUGUGUCUGCACCGACGGGUACCAGGGAUGGCGAUGUGAGGAGCCCUGUGAGCGUGGUUAUUAUGGCAAGGCGUGCCAACUACCCUGCCAGUGUCUCAAUGGUGCCACCUGCAACCACGAGACCGGAGAGUGCGUCUGUGCACCGGGCUACUCCGGAGCUUUCUGUGGCGAGCGCUGCCCCUCCGGUAGCCACGGGUCUCAGUGUGAGCACCGCUGUCCCUGUCAGAAUGGAGGAAUGUGCCACCACAUCACUGGAGAUUGUUCCUGCCCCGUCGGGUGGACGGGUUCGGUUUGUGCCCAGCCGUGCCCCCUCGGCAAGUACGGCAUCAACUGCAGCAAGGACUGUUCCUGUCGCAACGGCGGACUGUGCGACCACGUCACGGGACAGUGCCGGUGCGCCGCUGGCUUCAGCGGACGCAGGUGCCAGGAUGACUGUCCUGUUGGCACCUUUGGUCCGCAGUGUAACCAGAGGUGUGAGUGUCAGAAUGGAGCAAAGUGUCACCACAUCAACGGAGCCUGUCUGUGUGAAACAGGAUUCAAAGGCCCUAAUUGCCAAGAGAGAUUCUGUCCUCCAGGCCUCUACGGCCUCAUCUGUGACAAGUACUGCCCCUGUAAUACCACCAACACGGUGAGCUGCCACCCGCUUUCUGGUGAAUGCACCUGCUCUGUGGGAUGGACCGGCCUUUACUGUAAUGAGACCUGCCCUCCUGGAUACUACGGAGAGGGAUGCAUGCUGCCUUGUAGCUGCACCAACGGAGCCGACUGCCAUCCUGUCACAGGCACCUGUACAUGUGCCCCCGGGUACAUGGGUGAGGACUGUGCUACAGUGUGUCCUCCCGGCCUCUACGGACCGAGCUGCAUGUCCACCUGCUCCUGCCAUAAUCACGCAGCUUGCUCUCCCGUCGAAGGCUCCUGCAUCUGCAGGGAAGGCUGGCAGGGUACGGACUGCUCCAUCCUCUGCUCCAGCGGUACGUGGGGUCCGGGCUGUAAUCACACAUGCUCAUGUGCCAACGGAGCUGCAUGUGACCCCAUGGACGGCGUCUGCACGUGUUCCCCCGGGUGGAGGGCGGAGCACUGCGACGAGUCCUGUCCAGACGGCACUUACGGGCUGGAUUGUCGCGAGCGCUGUGACUGCAGCCAUGCUGAUGGUUGUGACCCGGUGGGUGGCUACUGUCGCUGUUACCCCGGCUGGACAGGAAUCCACUGUGAUAACGUGUGCCCACAAGGCUUCUGGGGACCCAACUGUUCAGUCAGCUGUUCCUGUCAGAACGGAGGAUCCUGCUCUCCAGAAGACGGUACAUGUGUGUGCGCACCUGGCUACAGGGGGACGUCCUGCAAAAGAACCUGCUCUCCGGGGUUCUACGGGCAUCGCUGCAGCCAGUCGUGUCCGCAGUGCGUGCACAGCACCGGGCCGUGCCAUCACGUCACGGGCCACUGUGAGUGCCUGUCCGGCUACUCUGGGUCUCUGUGCAACCAAGUCUGUCCGAGUGGCAGGUAUGGGAGGGUCUGCGCUGAGAUCUGCCUCUGUACCAACAACGGCACCUGCAACCCCAUCGAUGGCUCCUGCCAAUGCUUCCCUGGAUGGAUAGGGGAGGAUUGCUCUCACGCCUGUUCCUCUGGGCACUGGGGCCCCGAUUGUCUCAACUCGUGUAACUGUCACAACGGAGCCCAGUGCAGCGUCCACGAUGGAGAGUGCAGGUGCAGCCCCGGCUGGACCGGACUCUACUGCACACAGCGCUGUCCUUCGGGGUUCUACGGCAGGGACUGCUCGGAAGUCUGCCGAUGCCAAAACGGCGCGGACUGCGACCACGUUACUGGCCAGUGCGCCUGCCGGACGGGCUUCAUUGGGACGAGCUGUGAGCAGAAGUGUUCUGCUGGUGCAUUCGGGUACGGUUGCCAGCAGCUGUGUGAGUGCCUGAACAAUGCCACCUGUGACUACGUGACUGGAACGUGCUACUGCAGCCCCGGAUACAAAGGCAUCCGUUGUGACCAAGCAGCUCUUAUGAUGGAGGAGCUGAACCCGUACACCAAGAUUAGCCCCGCAAGAGGCUCGGAGCGGCAGUCUGCAGGAGCCGUGAUGGGCAUCAUCUUUCUACUCCUCAUCAUCAUGGCCAUGCUCAGCCUGUUUGUGUGGUACAGACAGAGGCAGAGGGACAAAGGCCACGAGAUCCAGCCCAGUGUGUCCUACACACAAGCGAUGCACAUCACCAACACAGACUAUUCCCUGUCUGAUUGUGGCAGCACUGUAGCGAUGAGGACCAACGCUGCCGAGGUCAAUCCCAGCCAGGGCAGCAGUGGCCCGUGCUUCUCCAACCCCAGUUACCACACUGUGGCCCAGUGUAACGUUGUCUCAACCAUCUCCAGCAACCUGGAUGGCACGCUGACCCUCAAAUCAAGCACCCUGAAAAGUCGAAACGGCGCCGAAUGGAGAGCCUACUGCAACCUCAAUGACCUCGAUGUUCAGGGGGAGACACAGAGAUGCUCCAAACCAGAUUACGUCAAGAGCUCCAUGUGUGGCAAAAGCUCCCUGAAUAGUGAGAAUCCAUACGCCACCAUUAGAGAGCCACCAGGCUUGGCUGGCAAGCACACAGAGAGCAGCUAUGUGGAGAUGAAGUCCCCCUCCCACCGUGAGGUGCCCUUUGGAGGCACUGCAACCCUCCUGGGCAUUGUGAGCAGGAAUGUCUAUGAUGCUGAAGCGACGGUGAGCGUCCUGCAGGGACCCAACGGGAUGGCCACCGGCUUCUCCCAGAGCCCCUAUGACCUCCCCCGUAGCAGCCACAUCCCCGGCCACUAUGACAUACUGCCAAUGCGCCACAGCCCCACGCACACCCCCCCACCGCCCCCGGAGAGCCCCAGCUCCCUCCUCUAGAAGGCCAACCCUCCGUCGGACUCUGAAAGGGUGCCGGCAUCCGGGCGACGUUCAGCCAACAUCACACCAACGGCCAACCUACUCUUUGGCUCCCUGCAGCCUGUGGCACUGAAGGGGGGGGGGGAGGGAGGAAAGUGUCACACACACCAGCGACCAUUCGACCGUUUUAUUUUCUUAUUGAACUGAUCAUUCAAACUGCCGCCCGGCGUCUUUAUGGACCUCCUGAAGGGGAACAUAAUAGUUCCAAACAGUGCUAAGGGCAGCAGACAUGGAUUGGGCGGACAGAUUAUUUAGAGGGAGAGAGCUGUGCUCACGCUCUUUUUAAGCCCAUGAUGUAGGUUUACUGUUGUGGAGCAGCCGAGUGUUUAUAACGUCCCAUAAACGGAAGUGAUUUGCUCCGCAGGGAGAAAGGAAUAGCAACCUUGACCAUUUCAAAGCAGGCGAAGAUUUACUACAUACAGACAUCAGAGUGUCUGAGUUUGUGCAGCAGCUGCAGAUCACAACACGGCUGACAUGAAGAUAGUAUGAUUAUUUCCUCCGAGGUAUACAAACGUUCAGUCAAUUAGUAGAUAACUCUCUGUUCUAAAUGUUAACCAUGGAAACCCGACUGAGAGUCAUCCAACUCUGAUAAAGCAUGGAUAAAUUGUAAAUUAUUGUAAUGCUCUUUUUAUUCUCUGUUAUCCAGUAAUGAUCACACAUUUAAAAUGAAGGCAUACCAUUGUGUGUGUGUAACUCAAGAGCUUCUUUUAAGUUGCAGUGUAAUUAGGGCCUGAUGUUUCCAGAGAUGCAUUCAGGGCACCAGUGUUUAAGCAUAAUGCCGUUAGACACACGAGUACAAUAGUUUGGAUUUUCUCUCCACACUCAUGACGGUAUCAGAUAAUGUGUUGUUUUUCUUAAGUACUUUUAUUACAAAUGUCUUAGUUUACAUUUUUUAAUUAUUGGGUGUUAAGGUGGGAUUACUUUGAUAUUACUUUUAUGUUUUGUAUUCAUACAACUAAUGGCUUUAUUUAUGAAUUUAUAUUAGUAGGGUGACUUUUUAUCAAUGUGACACUAGAAUUUAAAAAAGAUGAGCAUGACCAGAUAAUAGAUACCCACUGAUGUAGAUAACACACAAUUUAUCUUCUUGUGAGAUGAUCAGUGUCAUUUUGUGUGUGUUUUUGAAGUUACUUAAAAUGUGCAUUCUCUUUCUGUCAAAUUGUAAAUUAAAAAUAAGAUUUCAUCUGACCCUGAAGUCUAGACCCACAAAGUAUUUACGAACCACACAGUAUGUAAAAAGUUAAUUUCUUAAAUAUUUGAUGUUUUUAUCAGGCAAAUUAAAUUAUUCCUUAAUUGAACUGAAUUUAUUCAUUCACUAUGUGAAUUCCAUUUCACCCUCUUUAGGAGCAAUAACAUGUUGACAACGGUGCCCAGACAGUGAUUCAUUAGUAAUGGACAGUAUGACAUCUUUGACCAGUGUGGUGACAGUAGAUCAUAUUUUACGUGUUGCUGUCAUACCAAUGCUGCUUGUUGUUUUGGCACAUAAGUUAAAUUAAAAGCCUAUUCUGUCAUGA